AUGUCCGCACGAGCAAACGAUAUAGAUUGGGAGCAGGCCUUGAAAAGUCUUGUCGGCCAUCUCGAUAGGUUCAUCGAACCGUCUGAUGGCGAGAUCUUCGGCCACCUCAAGUUCAGGGCCGCCGAGGGAGACAUCUUUGGGAUCCCGGCCAUGUUGUUUGAGCAUAGAAUUGAACUUGACACCAAGAUUGUUGUUGUCGUCUCUGAAAGCAAAAGGGCAAUGAUGGAUAAGAGCCUGAUGCCCAAAGCCAGCGCCAUCAUGCGGGCAGCUUUUCAAGCUGGACGAGCGCUCACAUCGGAAUUGGCAAUCUAUACGUACGGCGAGCUUUUCAACAUUCUCAAGAGCUUUAGAGACCCCAAUUCCUGGAACCAAGCUUCUCGGGGCUUCUGUGAUCCUUUCACAAUUUUCUUGAUGGAUGUGGACCCUGAUUUCAGUGCGGAAUUUGUCCUGGCGCUGAAUGCUGCGACUAUCUUCACCAAAACAUUCAAUGCCAAUCAGCAGAACCCAAACACCACUCUCAAGCUGGUGACCAUGUCAUCUGAGAGCAUCCAUCCACUCAUCUCGAGUUUGUUUAGGCGAUUCAACAUGAAUAUCCGGUUCUUUAAUCUACCCGUAGUUGACAACAACUACUGGCCCAAGAUGGUUUAUUCGGCCGACAUGAAGAAAGCACUGCGCAACAUCCAGGACGAGAUUAGGAAACAUGGUCACGGUCGGAAGAAUACCAUCAUCACGUUCUGCGGUGAAGAUCUUACGCCUGAUGAAUGGCGUGGAGACCGGUUCAUCAAAAACAUGAGACACAUCCAAGUGAUCCAUCCCGGGGUUCUAAACGUCAUCAAGAACGUCAAUGAAGAUAUGCUGGUUUCCUUUCCCGAGACCUUCGAGGCUGCCUUCAAACUUGAAAUUUCUGGAAAUGUGCAUAUAGUUGGAAGUCUUGUGCGGAAACGACGUAUCUUGGAUCGGCAGACUGGUCACGAGGUUGAAGCCACACUCAAGCUGUCGAAGCUAGAGCGUCAAGCCCAAAUGGAUGCGGCAUCGUGGUUCGACAUUGACCACAGUUUCGUAUGUUUCUAUGCACCCGAUCACUACCUUGACUCUCCCCAAUUCGACUUCCCUCGUCGCAUGAAGUUUGCCUGUGAGCAGAUUGACGGAUUUGCCGCGGCAUGGACGGAUCUAGGAAACUGGCCUGAUGAAACGUUCGAUCUUCUUAACCAUGUCUUGCACGUCGAAAACGGCACGGCUAACGACAAUGACCUCCUUCCUGGCAAGGCCACGGAAGAUGGGAUUGAUUAUUAUAAUAUCAAUACUGCUCUCGAUCAAACCUGGAAACGCUUGCAGCUCCAAGGCCUCAUCGGUCCUGUUUACACUUCGUAUGCAUUUGGUACAGCCAUCCCUGCCGGGCUUGCGGGGUUCUUUCACGACCUCAGCUAUGUUACAAAACAUAUUGGCAAGGCCGCACAUGCCAUGGCAAUAGAAUCUACGUCGUCAACUGUCAGUCAGCUCAAGAUGCACGUGCUUGCGGCUCUCUGGGUCGGCAUGAAGCGACUCGUCCAAAUCGACUGGCGAAACUCCAACGGGAAUACCAACCAGGAGAUUUGGAACCUUGUUGAUUUUGGCAGCACCGCCGCGAUUGCUCGGUACGGCACCCUAUGGUCCAAGUUGGGCUUGAUGGAGGCCGUCUGGGCGAAGCACGCUGCAGGGUCUUGUCCUAAUAGCACUGCUUCACAUAUCAUUGAUGGUCGCAUAUCAGCCUCCACGUUGGCGAGGUCAAAUUGGAUAAGGUAUAGGCAAUCCAUAUCCGCUUUGGCAGACCGUGAUGCGAUUGAAAUGCCUUCCGUCGAUGGCUUCUUCCUCAGAGAAUUCGAAUUUGAGAAAAGCGAUUACGACGACCUGUGUAAGCCCUUCAUGCAGGCAUACUCGAACCAGGUCGCCAUAGUCACGAAACGCGGCAACCAUUUGAAGAUGAUCGACUUUGCAUCUGGACAACAUCUGGAUUGCACGGAGGAUGUUAGGCAUCUGGUCGAUUGGGCAGAGAUCAUUCGACAGGAGGAAGACUCUCAAGUCCUUGGGUUCUAUACUUCAGCAUCUCGAGACUCGCGGGGUGUUAGAACCAAGAUCUCUGACUGGAACUGGAUCCCCAUUAGUCUCUGGGCAGAAUGGGGUCAGACUCUGAAAGUUACUCAUCAAGUGGGAACAGAAGCUUUCAAGACGCAAGGGGCCACCGGCCCGCUGCCCCGGGAUCGCAAACGGAACCCCGACGAAGUUUGA